AUGGAAGUCAGACCUAUUGGGUGGAUCUGUGGACAGGUGGUGAAGAACUUCUCUGGAAGAAUUGAGGGGCUCCAGAAGGCAAUCAUGGACCUUAUAGAUGAGUUUAAAGAUGAUCUUCCUACCAUCCUAAGAUUAUCACAGUCUAACCAGAAAAAAGAUUCAGUGCAGAAAACAUCUAAGGUCAAAAUGGCCCUUGCGUUAGCCAAGAUCAACCGUGGAACAUUAAUUCAAGGGUUGAACAGGAUAUCCAGUUCCUCCAAGUCGGUGGCCAAGCUUCUGCAGCCACAGCUGGCAUGCAGACUCUUAGAACUGAGGAACAUAUCUCACAGGCUGCUGAGAGAAGUGAAUGCGCCAAGGCAACCCCUGAAUAGCAUACAGGUCAGAAAAGGUUCUUUGUUUGAAAUCAUUUCUUUUCCAGCAAAAACUGCCUUAACUAGCAUAAUGUAUGCUUCUUAUGCAGCGCUAAUUUAUUUGGCAGUCUGUGUUAAUGCUGUGCUGGCAAAGAUAAAGAACAUUUUCCAAGAAGAAGAAUCCAUAAGGCAAAAUAGAGAGAGCAAGAAUUUUAGAAAAGCCUUCUCUGAACCCGUGCUCUCGGAGCCCAUGUUUUCUGAAGGUGAAAUCAAAGCGAAACCUUACAGGUCGCUGCCAGAGAAGCCAGACCACCUCUCAGAUCAACCCAAGCCUCCUGCCAGCAAGCAGAGCAACAAGAUCCAAGUUCUACAUUCUGUAUUUGACCAAUCGGCUGAAUUAAAUGAAUGAGAAAUAUGGACAAAAAUA